UGCAGUGCUGGAAGAAGAAUUACGGUUGUGAGAAUUGUUCGAAGUUGGUAAAUCAUGAACGACUGUGACUGGACUUCGGAGGAGAGUGACGACUCUGAUGCACUCUCACCACUGCAGCCAUUAGUGAUAUGGUCAAGCAGAAGGUCAACCGCGUGUCCUCCACCGCCAACUGCUCCAUCUUAUAAUACACCGUACUCAGCUCUUCACCACGUAUACCCCAAUAGUGGUAAUCAAGUAGCCACAUCAGAAUUCUCAACUUCCCAGUUUUCUCCUCAGAAUACCGCAUUCAACCCCUGGAAAUCACGAACAUCUUGCGCCGGUGUUCCUCAAGAUCAUGUACCCAAGGACAUGGUGACAGAUAACUUCAGGGACCCUCGACCAGAAAUCCAGAGGAACAAGGAUACAAAGACCAGUGAUGCUUCAACCAGAGCUGUCGAAAACCUAUGUUGGGAUUCCUUGACAUCAGCAAUGGACAAGGAUCAAAUUUCGCAAGGUAACAGUACCCCAACCGUUAACUGCUAUCCCGAAGCCGUUUCAGAUCAGUACACAGGCUACGAGGAAGUAGCGUUUCACAUUGAAUAUGGCAAGAACUACAGCAAAUCUGCUGGUAUGAACGUUCACGCAGUGCAUGUACAAAACGUCAGACAUUUUCCAGUAUCUUCUGCAGUGGCUAGCCUACACGCGGAUUCCGACCAUCACGAUCUUGAAAUAAACAACACUCAUCACACGUCUGAACCUUUUUCUGGGAAAGGUUGUCAACUUCAAUCUGACUUUCCCGAACCAGAAGAUACACUCUGCGGAGAAACCGGGAAGUCCCUUGAUCACCAGCGCGAUAGGCUUGAUCGCGAACAUUCACAUCUUGGAGAAAAGCAAUAUAGAUGUAAGCAUUGCGAUAAAUCUGUUUCUACUCCGUCUUGCCUAAGUUCUCAUCAAUGUACACAUCCAGAAGAGAAAUCGUUAAAGUGUAAAGAGUGUGACAAAAUGUUCACCACGCAACAAAAUCUUACCCGUCAUGCACGACUUCACUCAGUAGGCAAAGCGUUUCCGUGCAAGUACUGCGCAAAGCUAUUCGGUGACAAAUACGGCCUACAUGUUCAUGAACGUGUCCAUACCGGGGAGAAGCCGUUCAGGUGUGGUUACUGUGAUCAAAUGUUUCGCCGUAAUACCCAUCUUAGAGUUCAUGAACGUAGCCAUACUGGAGAGAGACCAUAUAAGUGUAAAUCGUGCGAUACGUCAUUCACGGCGAAAUCAAAUCUCACGGUGCAUCAGCGCAUCCAUACUGGAGAGAGACCAUACAAGUGUAAAUCAUGCGAAAAGUCAUUCACGAAGAAAUCAGAUCUCACCCGGCAUCGACGCAUCCAUACUGGUGAGAGACCAUACAAGUGUAAAUCGUGCGAGAAGUCAUUCACGACGAAAUCAUAUCUCACCCGGCAUCGACGCAUCCAUACUGGAGAGAAACCAUACAAGUGCAACUUGUGUAACAAGUCAUUCAAGACGAAAUCCACUCUCACCGUGCAUCAACACAUCCAUACUGGAGAGAAACCAUACCAGUAUCACUACACAGGCCACGCACACGUUGGGUAUGAGUCGGAAGAUGGCGAAUGCUCAGGCAAAUCUGCCGGCCUGGACGUUCACAAUAUCGAACAUGUUCCAGUGGAUCUUAGGAUGUCUAUCUUAUCGCACAACAAUCAGCAUGUGUCCGAGUCUAGUUCUGAGGCAGAUUUUCAACUUCAAGCUGACUUCCCUCAACCCGAACCUUCGCUUUACAAGGAAACUGGGCCAUCGCUUGAACGCCAGCAUGAUAUGCUUGAUGGCAGACAUUCACGUCCCGUAGAAAAGCCGUAUGAAUGUAAGUUUUGCGAUAAAUCAUUUUCUACUCAAUCCAGUCUAACAUCUCAUGAACGUACGCACCGAGAAGAGAAACCUUUCAAGUGUAAAGUGUGCGAUAAAGUCUUCGAUUGGCGAUCUCUUCUUGUCCGCCAUGUUCGAGUUCACUCAGGAGACAAACCCUUCACGUGCAAGUUCUGCGCUAAAUCAUUCAGUGAUAAAUCCAAUCACACUACUCAUGAACGGUACCAUACCGGGGAGAAGCGGUUUACCUGUGAUCACUGUGAUUUUCAAGGUUUUCACUCCCGUUCCCAACUUAGAAUUCAUGUACGCAUCCACACUGGGGAGGGACCAUACAAGUGUAAAGAAUGUAACAAAGCAUUCAGACAACCUUCACAUCUCACAGAUCAUCAACGCGUCCAUACAGGAGAGAAACCUUUCAAAUGUAACGUUUGUGAGGAGGCGUUCAGAACUGCAUCAAAUCUCGCAGGUCAUCAACGCAUCCAUACUGGAGAGAAACCGUUCAAGUGUAAAAAAUGGAAAAGUCUUUCUCUCGGAAAUCAUCCUUGGCUGGACAUUGCAGCAGACAAACUCAGGCACCCGAGACCAGAGUUCCAGAGAAACAAAGAUACACGGGCUAAUGAGCCUUCAACAGCAACUGACGAUAAUCCAUGCUCUAAUGCCAUGACAUCAGCAAUGGACAAUGGCCAAAGAUCGCAAGACAACAGUAACCAAACUGCUAACCAUCCCGUUUCUUUUUCAGAUCACUACACAGGCCGCGCACACGUUGGGUAUAAGUCGGAAGAUGGCGAUUACUCAGGCCAAUCUGCCGACCUGGACGUUCACAAAAUCGAACAUGUUCCAGUGGAUCUUAGGAUGUCUAGCUUAUCACACAACACUCAGCAUAUCUCAGAGUCUAGGUCUGAGGAAGAUAUUCAACUUCAAGCUGACUUUCCUCAGCCCGAAACUUCGCUUUGCAAGGAAACUGGGCCAUCGCUUGAUCGCCAGAAUGAUAUGCUUGAUCGCAGACAUUCACCUCCCGUAGAAAAGCCGCAUAAAUGUAAGUUUUGCGAAAAAUCAUUUUCUACUCGAUCCAGUCUAACAUCUCAUGAACGUACGCACCGAGAAGGGAAACCUUUCAAGUGUAGAGUGUGCGAUAAAAUCUUCGAUUGGUGA